AUGAAUCUUCCAAUCAUUGACUAUCCUACCCUUCACUCCAAGGAUACUCAAAACAACCGCACGCCCCAGUCUCUGGAGGAGCGUUCCCGUCUCUACACUGCAUUGAAGGAGACGGGCUUCGCCUAUUUGAAACAUCCCCGCAUCGACCAAGCCACUAUCAAUACUCUCUUUGGACACAUCAGGAAAUUCUUCGCGAAGCCCCUAGAGGAAAAGAUGAAGAUCAAAGGGGAAUUGGAAAAAGGGAGGGGCCCAAGCCAGGGCUAUUCAAACCCAGCCAAACUUGCUAAAGACCCCACGACUAGUGAUCUCAAAGAGUUCUUUGGUAUGUAUUUUGAUGGAGAUACCGAGAAACCCAACCAAUGGCUCGAUGACGAUGACUCCAAAUCCAUGCGCAAAGAUCUUGUUGCUUUCUUCGAGUCUUGUCAUGUGGUCAUCCUGGAGCUACUUUCUGCGCUGGCAGAGGAAGUGGGCCUGCCUCGGGAAAUCCUCCACCCGUGCAUUGCAGAGAAGAAUCACUUUAUUGCGUGCUUGCAUUACCCUGGCACGAGGGCAGAUUCCUUCAAGAUGAGGACGAGAGCCGCGGCCCAUACCGAUUACGGGUGCUUGACACUCCUCUUUAAUGACUCUAAGGAGGGGUUGCAGGUAAUGACUCGUGAUGGCUCAUAUGAAUAUGUCCCACGGAUUGACGAUUGUGCUGUUCUGAAUGUUGGAGACCUGACUUCCCGCUUCUUCAAUGGCGUCCUCCCGAGCACCAUGCAUCGGGUCGUGGAGCCACCGUCUACAUCCACAGAUCCGAAUGCUGAAAUCCCGUCUCGCUAUUCGCUAGCUUUCUUCGGACACUACAAUCUCAGCACGCUAGUGAAGCCGCUUGACCCGCUGGUCUCUGAGUCUUCCCCUGCCAAAUUCGAUCCAAUUGAAGCUGGUGAGCAUGUCAAAGCGAGGGUCAGACAGCUGCAUGUCGAAGGCCACAGCUUGAGGGACAACAACGGUGUCACCCAAAACAAGCAACCGAAUCCAGCGGUUUCAGCAACUGCCUAA